AUGCGAAUUUUUCUUCGAGUCCAAGUGAGCUUUGAGUCUACCAGCAACCAUAAUGAAUCAACAGUGUUCGUACGCAGACGUCUCCCAGAACGGCUGGCCAUGACACUGGUGGAGCGAAACCUCAGCCAUACAAUGCUCGUAGCCUUCCCCGUAAUAGGGACCGACAGAAAUGGAACAGUCUCUAACACGGGCUCCGGCUUCGAAGUCAUCAUCUCAAACAUUGCCAUCGCCCUCUUCGGUGCCGUCAUCAUCGUCUGCACGCUGAUAGGAAACUCGCUCGUCAUCGCGGCCGUGCUUCUCGAGAGGCGUCUGAGGAAGAUCGGGAACACGUUCCUGGUGAAUCUUGCCCUCAGUGACAUCAUGGUGGGCACGCUAGUGACGCCCAUCGCCCUCGUGUACCAGAUUUCCGGAGAGUGGACGCUCGGUCGCGAGAUGUGCGACUUCUGGGUGUCCAUGGAUAUGAUCGGCUGCACGGCGAGUAUCGCCAAUCUGUGUGUCAUCAGUUAUGAUCGGUUCAACGCAAUAACACAGCCUCUGCGCUAUGCCAGGAAGAGGACGGCGAAGCGGGCGUCGAUUCUCAUUCUGGCAGUGUGGCUGUACGCUUUGUGUAUCGCCGUCCCCCAGUUCCUCGGGUGGAAGGGAGACGUUUCUAGCGACGAUAUGAAACAGUGCCAAAUUUCUCAAGACAAAGGAUAUACGUUGUAUUCCACUCUUGGUGCCUUCUACGUCCCGCUCACUUUCAUGUUGUUCUCGUACAUUCGCAUAUACAGGGUAACCAAUCGAAGGACUCGUCAGUGGCGUCGCGGACCGGGCUCCAGUAAAGUGAUUCUCGAUCGUCGCAGCAACGAACAGGUGAACGUUAAACUGAUUUUCCGUGACGAUUCUAACGAAAUGUCUCCGUCUUCCAAACCCAGUAUACCAGACACUGCUGCGGAACAGCUGAAAGACAGUUCGUCCUCCUCCCAGGAGUCCCAGGUUCCGCCCCUGCCGACCUACAGCUCGUGCAGUGAAGCGUCGCGUAUCCGCAAGUUCGUCCCGCGCAGUGGAAACGUCUCCGGUCCGCCGCGGAGCGCCUUCAACAAGAAGCUCAUCCGACAGAUCUCAAAUCUUCCCAGCACAGAUUCGUCCAGCGCCACGACGUCGUCCUCGGCGACCACCAGCUCGGACAUCAGCCACGACAGCAGCAUUCUCGACAAACGCACCUCUCUCAGGAGGACGUCAAUUCUGAUAGAGAGGCGCGAUUCGAUGAUCAGAGUGUUCCAGGAGUCCAACGCCAACCAGCAGUACCGCAAGAGCGUCACGUUCCUCAAACCGCCGCCCAUCCCCUGCGACGGCAGCAGCGAGGAGCGGGACGUCUCCUGCGACGAGACCUCCCGCUACACGAUGCACCUGGCCGCCGUCGAGGCCCCCGCGAACGGACACCGCAAGAAACGGAUAUCGGUGAACCAGGAGCGUCGGGCCGCCAAGACUCUGAGUAUCGUGAUGGGCUGCUUCAUCGUGUGCUGGUUGCCCUUCUUUCUGGUGGCUCUCAUUGACCCUCUGUGCGAGAGCUGCGAGUUCCACCCAGUGGUUGUCGGUAUCGUACUGUGGAUGGGAUACUGCAACUCGGCGCUCAACCCUAUCAUAUAUACGUUCUUCAACAAGGAUUUCAGACGUGCGUUCAAGAAGAUAUUGACUUGCAAACGAAAGCAGACUGUGGCUGUUUGAGCGUGUGAGCGUGAGAG